UGUCUCUACCGCAAUUCCACUCAAUAUCCCCAAGGGCGCCUACUUCUACAAAAUCUCCGGCAGGACACCGCCCCCAAAUCUGCGGUUCAAGCCGGUGAAUUGAUUCGACUUUGGGACUUUUGGCGAUGGACUUGACUUUGGGACCUUUAGGCCUUGCUGUCUUUACACGCUCUUUCUUUUCUUUGGAACAUGUUUUUACACGCUAUCCACCACUCGCUCUCCGAGUCGCAUAUGCGCUACUUGCUAUUAGACCCGCGUCCGCGCGGUCGUCCUGUCUUUUCCUAUCCACACACACGCUCUUUACCGGGACUUUGAGGGGACUAUGGACCUUGGCGGCAGGGCUGGCAUUUUUAUGUACUGAAUAUAUACUAUAUACUACCUAGAGCAAUAAUCACUGGCCUGGAGGGUCGCGCUGCUACGCGUGAAAAUAUAUCCCCUGGAUGAGGAUGACGCCUCGAGA